UAGGGCGUGUUGUUAUUGAAUGUGUGGGUUGAACAGUUCGUGAAAUGGGUCACACCCUGCUUUGACGUUAAUGUGUCUGGGAGAAGCUGUGCAUACAUUGUUGCUGUUACUCGGAGUUUGUGUUGCAACUGACAAGGAAUUAUUCAUUGUAAGCCUGUCGAGGUGAGGAAGUCAUGCAUCAUGGCUUCUAUAAACAACCCUUCUGUGGGUAUUUACAGUAAUGGUGGAGCCGAUCCAGGUGCAAGUAAAAAUGUUCCAAAAAGUGCAGCAGAAUCUGGUGGUGUACGCAAACCUUCGUAUCUUGGCUUGUCAUGCUCUGUGAGUGGAUACGGGAGGGCAUCUGCAUACGGUCUGCGCUCGAGAGAUCACAGCCCAGCACCAACAUCUGUUCAGCCUAGACUUAGCACACCAGUGCAAGCCAUGGAUGAUGCAGUGUGUGAUGGGAGAUCAUCAACCAGAGUCAAUGGUCAUGUCCAGAAUUCUGAUGAUCCAGACUGCAGUCAUCCCAUUAUGGCUGUGCCUGGAGCGGUUCGUGUUAUUGAAUUGGAACUGGCUACUCAGCAAAAGGGUUUUGUGCAGCAUCAGCAAGAGCCAGAUUCUCCUGCAAAAUCUGUUGUUCAGCAGAGAGUUGAACGGCUGUAUGGGCCUGGUGCCCUGGCCCAGGCUUUCUUAAAAAGAUUGAGUGGUUCAGUGCCAAAAUCAACUACCAUUGAUGAUGAUUCACAGGUGUCACCUUCAGAAAAUGAUAUCAAGGUGGUAUGUAGUUCUUCACCCCCAGCUCUGCCUGUGCUGAGGCACCUAAGACCAGAGUUUCGUGCUCAGCUUCCUAUAGGCAGAACCCGGCGUGUCCCACCACCGACUCCCCAAGAGUCGGAGUUGGCAGGAUCUACCUCAGAACAACAACCUCCUCCUGACUUACGACCAGCUGCUCCUGAUGUUGUACUUCCACGUCCCACUCUGACUCCUCAUGAAUCAACUAUCAGGGAUGGCCAUUUCUUCCUGAAGCAAGUGCAUCAGGAAGUGGAAAGGCUGCUGUCGCUGGUGAGAAAGACUGAAAGUGAGCUGGAAAACAAUGAAAAAUUGAAUGAGGAAGCAAAAGGCAAGCUCCGGGCGGCAGCUGGUCAGGCUGGCCUUCUCGUGCGUCAGAAAUUGCAGCAAUUUGAAGGCCUGUGUCAAAAGAACAUUACACAAAGUUCAGAUGAGCAAUUCCCAACUACAAAUGAAGACCUGGAGGGUUUUUGGGAUAUGGUAAAACUUCAGGUGGAUCAUGUUGACCGCCUUUUUGAAGACAUUGAGAGGCUUCGUGCUGCCAACUGGAUUGAGGAACAACCAACAGUGGUGAAGGGUGCGACUCAGCGUCGUCGUGGCACACAACGCAAGUCCAACGUGACGACAACUGCACGAUCUGCUGAUUCGAGUGGAACUGUAGAAGCAAUCCGUAAGGCACGAGAUGAUGCCCGUCGCAAGAUGAUGGAAGAUCGUCGCCGUGCUGCUGCUGCUGCUGCUGCUGCUCGUGCCUGCCAGCAACAGGAUGAUGCACCAGUACAAAUCUUCCAAUAAAAUUUCUCGGCUCUCAUACAGUAUCUGUUUAACCAGAACCUGUCUUCAGACUGUUGAGUUAAUGUGUUAAAUAUGGAAAAGAUAUAAUGUGUGAGGAGAGUGCUGUUUUAUUUUGUGUAUAAA